AACAGACAGUUCUUGCUACAGUCCAAUUUUCUUACGAUCAUCGCCAUGUCAUCCGCAUACCAUCCGUACACAGACGGCCAGACUAAGCGUCUUAACCAAAUUGUAGAGCAACUACUCCGCGCAGCCAACAAGGACGAAAUCUCCAAGUGGGACUUGCAUCUGCCCGUCCUGGAGUUUGCCUACAACAAUACUACUCAUGCCGCUACUGGACAGACAUCGUUCUUCCUCUGUUACGGACGCCACCCGAUCACACCACAACAGCCAACCAUACCAGCCACAGUCACUCUUGUUACCUUCCGCUUACGCCUGCCAGCUACCUGGAACAUUCACAACGCCUUCCAUGUCCAACUCUUGAAGCCCUACCGAGAUCCCAACAACGUCUUCUCUGGACGCCAACCGCCGCCGCCGCCGCCCGUCCUCGUCCAUGAUGAACCCGAGUACGAGGUCAAGUCCAUGCUUUCUCACCGCCGUCGACGGACUGGCAACGUAGAGCUUCUCAUCUGUUGGAAGGGUUAUGAUCCUUCAGAGGAUAGUUGGGUCUCUGAAUUCGACAUGGAUAACGCCCGUCGUCCUCUUCGCGACUACCUUGUCAAGCAAGGUGUUACUUCUACCACCCAGCUUUGAGGGGGGGAAGUGUGAGAUUACGAC